AUGCGAGAGGAUUUAGCAAAAGACUUUGAGCAUCUUCAACAUCCGUUGAAAUUAUCUGUGGCAAAGACUGGAUCAUUUAUAACAGCAACUAAGAGAGGCAAACUGAACGUAAUCAGCAAAAUAGGGAUACAAGGAGAAUUAAAGGAUGUUUUGUACUGCUCGGAAGUUCCAUACAAUCUAUUAUCUGUAACAAAAAUGCAAGCAGCUGGAAUGACGAUAAUUUUUAAUGAACGUGGUGUCGUUGUUCAAAAAGGUGGUAAGACCUUGAUGACAGAUAAUCAGCAGGCAGAUAUUCUAACGAAGCCCGUAUCAGCAAUCAAGGUACUUUAAGUGAGUGGUCUGAUUAGGUUUUGACUGGGUUUUCCUAAUCCUUGCAACAAAUGUUGGACUACAGGUAUUUUGUAAUUUUCCCAGAACGAACAUACAAAGGAGUGACUCUAGCAUUUUUGAUAUGAUAAAUUCUUAGAAUUUAAAACAUUACAU